CAGAAGGCGGUAGCUUUUCGUUUUCAAACAUAUGACAGUUUCGUAAAGUCAAAUGGUAUAAAAACGUAUUGAAAGUAUCAACAUCGCAUAUACAUUUAAAAAUUUAUAAUAAACAAAAAUGACAGCACGUUCAAUUUUACAAGUCUUUGAUCAGUACCAAAAGGCUCGUCUAUUCUUUGUUCAAUCCAUUGCUGAUUUUGCCUCAAAACCAAACACUAUAGAUUGUUUAGAAGCUGCUGGGGUUUUGGAUCUCUUAUGCCCUUUGUUAACAGAUCCUGUACCAUCUAUUCAGCAUACAGCUGCAGUUGCAUUAGGAAAACUUGCAAAUAAUAGUAUGAAAUUGGCACAAGCUGUUGUAAGAAUGGGUAUUUUACCUCAAUUAUUGAAGAAUAUUGAUAAACAAAAUAAAUUUUAUAAAAAAGCAGCCCUAUUUGUUUUACGUGCAAUUGCUAGACAUUCCCCAGAAUUGGCAUCUAUGGUGAUUCAGAAUAAUGGAUUGGAUACUAUAAUAAUUUGUUUAGAAGAUUUUGAUUCUGGUGUUAAGGAAGCUACUGCUUGGGCAUUAGGAUACAUUGCUAGGCAUAAUAAGACUUUGGCUCAAGCCAUAGUUGAUGCAGGAGCUGUUCCACUUUUAGUCUUGGCCUUACAAGAACCUGAAUUAUGUUUAAAACAAAUUAGUGCCUCUGCUUUAUUCGAUAUAAGCAAACAUAAUAUUGAUCUUGCAGAAACUGUGGUUGAUGCAGGAGCCAUUCCUUUUCUUGCAAAGGCAUUAUCUAAUCCUGAUACUAAGUUAAAGCGUCAAGUUCUUUUGGCAUUAAGCAGUAUAGCAAAACACUCUGUACACCUAGCAGAACCUAUUAUUGAAGCUGAAAUUUUUCCUGAUGUUCUUGUACACAUGGCACAUCCUGAUGAAUGUGUCGUUAAAGCUGCUGCAAUGUUAACUAGAGAAAUUUGUAAACAUACAUUAGAGUUGGCCCAACUUAUAGUGAAUAUUGGUGGUAUUGGUGCACUUGUUGAAUUAAUUAGCACCUCAAAAUUAACAGUCAGAUUGCCAGCAAUAAUGGCAAUUGGAUAUAUUGCUGGACACUUAGAUCAGUUAGCUAUUGCAGUCAUAGGAUCCAAAGGAAUUGUUCACCUAUCUACUAUAUUAUAUGAAGAAAAUGAUGAUCAUACACUUGCUGUCACUGUAUGGGCAAUUGGGCAAAUUGGAAAGCAUACAUCAGAACAUGCAAAAGCAGUUGCAGUCGCAAACAUUCUUCCAAAGUUAUUACAGCUGUACAAUAAUCCAAAUAGCUCAGAAGAUCUCAAAGCAAAAUGCAAUACAGCACUGAAACAAAUACUACAAAAAUGUAUGUAUAUUGAAGCUUUGGAAUCCUUGCUGCAUGAUUCACCACCUAAUAUUCUAAAAUAUGUACUUGGACAAUUUAGCAAGGACAUAAAAGUUGUAAAACAUAAUAGUACAAUAAUUGAAAUAGUACUUUUAUUUAUAAUUUUCAAUUAAAGCAAAACAUCUGUCUUAUUAUUUAUCAUAUGCAUACAAUGAGAUAAAUUAUAUAAAUCAUCAGUAUAUGAUAAAAUCCACCUAAAUGGUAAAGUUUAUAUAUAUUAACACAUAAAAUUAUUAUUUAAUAAUAAUUUUAUUUCUUUUAUUUAAUUACAUAAUAAACAUAUAUAUGUAUAUAUUAUAUACACAUGGACCAUUAUUAAGCUAUUUGAAAUUGCUUUAUUGAAAAAUUAGUUAAGCAGUUGUAGUGGUUCAUUCUUAUCACAUACAAACUAUUAUCCCAUAAAUAGCAUUCUAACAAUAAAAAUUGUCAUUUUAUGAUAUUAUUCCGACCUUGUAUAAUGUAAUCUUUAAUAUUUUCAUCAUCUGUUUUGCUUAUAUAUAUUUUCACUAUUCCAAAAUUGCAUAAGGUGUAACUUGACUUUGAUCUCUUAACAUGGUAUGAGAUGUCACAUAUUUCUAUUAAAAAGUAACAGUUCCGAUAUGCUGUGUGUCAUUGCAUUUAUCUGAUAUUUGAUUGAUAGAAAGUGAAGAAAUUGACAAUGGCAUAAGACCAUCUUAAUUAUUUUUAUUUUUAAUGUUUGUCUAUAAAUAUUAUGGCACAUAUUAUAUUCUGAAAAAGCACAUUUCUCAGUCUUACGACAAUAAAUGGUUCGGCUGAAGUACCAGAACGAUCGAAUUGUUAAGUGCUUCUUAUAUAAAAAUUGUAAUUGCAAUUUUAGAUAUUUAAACAUACUUUUUUGUUAAGCUAUACUACUUGCAUUUGUUAUAUCAUAUACUUGUAUGUAUCUUCUAAUGGCAGUAUUUGAUAUAAAGAGACCAGUAAUAUAAAAAUUGUAGAUAUAUAAGUAACAAAAAAUUGUUAUUAAAUUUGCAUCUCGAAAAAGUUGGCUACUAUUAAUUCUCAUUCAUACUGUAUUAUCGAUUUCUUAUGUACAAACAUAAGUAAAGAAAUGUAACAUAUAUGAUCGGCAGUAGUACUUUCACUUCACUAUCAGUAUCUUGCUAAUUCUUUAUUUGCAUCACAUAUUCUUCUUCAUCCCUUCCUUUUCUUUAUUGAAACGUUUUAAGGAAAUUUAUUUUGCUAAAUGUUGAAAAAAGUAGGAUACACAUUAAAACAGACAAUGGAAAACAGCUUCAAUAAAAAUAUAAACUACGAUAAAUUUUUAUAAAGCCUCAUAAAUUUUAAGUCUUGAAAAUAUCUAUUUAAAUUAACUUGAAGUACAUAUAAACAGACAUGUUACAAUAAUUAGAAUUUCAUGAUUUCACCAAAACUUUUGUUGUAUGACAAUAUCAAAAUGUAAAGCAAUUAAGGCAUAUAUUCGGUUCAGAGCAUGCAAUCUAUCCAAGUAUCUCUGAAAAAUGAGAAAAAAGACAAAAUUACGUUAUUCCAUGACAAUUAGAUUAAAAAUAUUUCAAAUGUAAAUAAAAUGUUUAACUGCUUUUGUACCUUAA